UUCCUAUUGUUUAUUCACAGAAACUGUAUUGAAGCACUACAACAUUUUCACCGGUGCCGUCCAACAUCAUAUGUUCUCGCCGAUCAAUGUACGAGAUAUUACGAGACAUCCGGGAAAUUCCAUCAUGGAGGCAAAGCACUGACCCAAAUUCCACAAACUUCAAAAUAUUUAUUUUUACCAGUCCGUACAAGGGAAUCUGCGGAUAUUUUAGGAUGCGAUAAAACCAUAAUACAGUCCCUUAAAGGCAAUCCGUCCAGCAUGGCGUCCAGUGAUGAAGGCAGUGAUGGUGAGGUGGACAUCUUGGCCCAGUUUGCCAGCAAGAUGUCUUUCCCGGCCAUGUUACCUGAUGGCUCAAGCCUGAAACCAAAGAUGGAUCAGAUUUUUACAGAAGUGGAGCAGAGGUUACCGUCCAUUGACUUUGAUUUCUCUGAUGUCAGCUCAGAUGAAGAUGUCGGAAUAUUCCAACGUUCUUUGAUCUCAACAACCUCAUCCUUCUUUGACAGCGAGAAAGAUCUUGACGAGAGCCUCACUUCUGAUCAGUUUGAGGAGUUGCUUUCUUCAUCUCUUCAAGGUUCGCACUCAGAACGCUCAAACUCGCCACCAACUCAAAGAGAAACCGUGUCUAAUGGCAUGAAUUUGGACAAUGACUAUACAAGUAGUUCUGUGCAAAAUGAAGUGACAGAAAUGCCUUCAACUCAGGCAAACACAGCAUCAAAUGGUAUACUGUUAGGUAAUGCCUUUAGAGCUAUGGAAGUGGAAUUAUCGAGGGUUAAUAGAGAGGCACGAUCUCGAUCCAGUGGCGGGAAUGGAAUGCUAGAAAAUUCACUAUUUACUAUGGCAAGGGAGAUCAAUAUAAAUCACGUUUCAAAUGAAAUGGAUUUCAGUGUACAACAAGAAGGUACCCUUCAUAUCAAUGGGCAUAAUGAGGAGAGGGUUCCUAGUUCAGGAAGACAGCAGGGCAGGGAUAGACUGCAGGAAUCAGGGUACCUCUCAGACAGUGUAAGCAGCUGGAGACAAAUACUUCGAAAUGACUCUGCAGAAAAUGAUGCUGCACCAAAGCCUAGGUACCAGGGCUGGGUAGGAAAGUCGGAUUCCUCCAGCUCAGUACAAAACAAAGAUUCUGACAUGCAGAAUGGUGGGGCAAUCGGAAAAGUGUCUAUGGGAAGUAGCACAUCAUCAAGAAAAGUAGACAGAUCUACAUCAGAGCCAGGCUUGGAUCCGGAGGAUGAACAUUCCAGAAGGUCGCCAAGAAGAUCUAAGCAGGCUGUUAAGAAGAAGAUGGCGUCACCGAGGGCUGAGAGUAGAGAAGUUGUGGCGAGGUUCAUCCCAGAGAGGACCAGGUUGUCUCUUCAUCAACUUGAGAAUAUAGAUCUGGAUAAUGUUCUGUCUUCAGAAAAUGCCAAAGAACUCAAUCUGCCGUCCUUACAACCACAAGAAGCUAUGGGGGACACUGGAGAAGAUACAGGCAGUGAGCCCACCCUGAUCCAGAGACUUCUCCAGCUCUCAGUACAACAGUCAGGGCAGUCAUUUCCCCAACAAGAAGUGGACCCAGUCACUGGCGCCGUUAUCAAGAAGAAGAAGAGGAAGGGGAAGAAAGCAGAAAGCAAAGAAAUGAAGACUGCUAUUAAUGAGUCUAUAGGAGGGGUCACAGCUGAUUUAGAAGCAGCAUCUCAGAAGAGCAAAAAGAAGAGACAAAAUCCUCCUGAACUUUCAUCUUAUGUGCUAGAUUCCAUUCCCAAAAAAGAGGAACCUGAGACGGUAUAUCUGGACCUGAGAAACUUCGAGCAACAGAGGCAAGAGGAACAGCAGAGAGUGGCGUCUGUGCAGAGAAUUCUUCGCAUACAUGAUUCCAAGAAAAAGGAAGACAGUUCUGAUUCAGAAGAUGAGGGCAGUGCAGAGUCUUGGUUUGAGCAGAGGAGGAAGAUACGAGCUGCCAUUGAACGUGGAUCUGUUUCUCAAGUUCUACCCUCGAAGCCAUCCUUACCAAAGGCCCCCAAAGAAGCAACCCAUGCUCAAAGACUGGCCCAUGUUGAGCCAAAGCGCCCUCUAUCUGGAGAGACCCAAGGUGAUUCUGAAGUAAAGGCUAUGGAACAAAAACCAGAGCCAGAUAAAGAGGCUGAAGAGAGAGAAAAACAAAGGAGGAUGGACACAGCUAAGAAGCUACGAGAGCAGCGUGAACAUGAACGCCAGUCCAGACUGAGGCUGGCCAAACAACUGGAGGCACUGAGGCCAAAGACGUCGGUGAGCGGCAGAUAUCCGUGUGCUGAAGAGACACCUGUAGUGUUUGAUGUGGAGGCCUCCUAUGAGCCAAUGCCCCAGUGCUUGCCAGACACUCUUCCUGCUGAUCUGGAGACCAUCCUUCUCACAGUGCAUUUAUCCACCAAUGGGGAGAUUAUAGUCCACAGAGGAGGCAACAAGAGUGUGGAUAUGGGUCUAGGACUCUCUGCUAGCUGUACCACCUUGCUAACGUGGCUGCUAUCACUCGUCCCUCAUGACUUCACAUUCCUGGACGAUUCGUCUAUUCGGCAACCUGCGCCGUCACCACCUGUGCCCCUGGACCCCGGCCCUUUCUGUGUGCUGGGCUUACAACAACUCUGGUUUGAGGAGCAGUUGUGUAUUAUUGUUGCCAUAGCACCAAAGGAUAAACAAAGUCAGGUGACACAGCUGACUGGACCAGUCAAGUCCAAAAAGGCAAAGCUCAAAGAUGCAGUAAAAUCCUGCACCCCUUUUCAGCAGCAAGUCACAAAGUUUCUGUCCACCAACACCCUCCACUCUGUUUGCCCUUGGCUCCAAGAUUUCACAUCAGUUGAGAUCUCAAGCCCUCCCUCUCCAUCCACAGAUCACCCUACCUCCCAAAAGUUUGCCUACAAGCCCCCCUUACCCAACAUCACCACCAAGCCCCUCUCCACAUUCAUGCAGAUGAGGACUGAUCCUGAUGCUGUGAAGAAAGUUUUUGGGACCCCUGUAGGAUUUUUCUAUCAGUCCGUGGAGUCUGAUGAGUGUCAGGCUGACGUGGGGAUUAAUGACGAUGGUGUGAAUUAUGAAACACAAAACACCAUGUCUCUGGUGUACAAGAAAAUUUACCAGAACCCUGUAGCAUUGAUGGGUAUAUUGAGUCGUGUUCUUCAAGAAGGUCUGGACAUAUCAGGCAUCCGUCUUUUAUAUCCCUCCGUACAGCUUCUCAGUCUCGAAUCUCCUCGCAUAUCCUUCAACGAGAAUGCACCGCCGCAGUCCAACACAGAAUUCCUGAACAGCGUCGGGCCCAUUCUCGCCAUUGCACUUCGUGGGACAUUCGCAAGGUCAAUCUGGCUGGAUGCUGUGGGUCCAUCAGAUCCAGCCCUGGCCAGGAGAACAGAUCCUAACUCCCUUUGUGCCUUGUAUGGAGGAGAGUCGCGGGAAGAGUGCCUUUUGUUCUGUCCCAGGAACCCCGCCAGAAUUCAGACAGAGCUGGCCAGGUGGUUUGGAGGUAGAGUGCCCCCUAGUGGUGUCAUUGAUGUUGGUGCGAUGCCAAAUCGGAAGGAGCGGCACUGUAGCGGGAGCCCCAAAGGGGGCAAGGGGAAAAGAGUUAGUUUUCACACGGAAUCAUCUCAUCAGCCUGAGGCGGUGUUUCCAAGUCGUCGACCACCUGCGACUCUCACUGCCACGGUUACAAGUGACAUAUUUUUGACAGUGUCACCAUUACUGCCUGUCAAGUGUCUUGGUGUUGUCAUGGCGACUUGUCAGCGGCGGGGGUAUCAGCUAAGAGGUGUGAGGAGGAUGAGACUGAAUACAAAGAGGGCCAGUAGUUUAGGAGUAUCUGGUAAAGCCCUCAGUAUCUUCAGUGCAGAGGGACCCAGGUCUCCCCAAUCCCCAGUAUCAUUUGACGACGUAUUCUUAGAGCAGAGGAGCAGUUCCCCGCAGGACGCUGGUGAGCCCAGCAUGCCUUGCACUGUGCUGUUACUGCAGAAGGAGAACGCCCUGCACAGUGCCCCGAGUCUCAUCGAGGCUUUUAUGGUACAGUUGUGUCUUAAAGGAGUCCUAGGUUCAGUCCAGUCCAGCACACCCCACCCCCUAACCUCCAGUCUGCUAUUCCAGUACACUGGCUACACUGACAGCUUGCUCCACCUACUGGGCGGAGACUUUAGCAGGGUGCCAGACAUAGAGAUCACCUGUCCCAGCUAUAUAGCUCCAGAACUGUACACUAACCCAGAAAUAGAACAGAUUGUGGUCCUCACUCUGACAGGACACCUGCAUAUGAGGACCUUUGGCCUGUUUUUAGCUAAGCUUCUCAACAUGACCCCCUAUAGUAAACUACCCACAGCACCUCUCACACAGGAGGGGUUUGAACUGCUGGGGAUAAAAUGGCUGCCAAGCCUCAGUAUCAACCAGGCUAAAGAGCUGACGCCGUAUGAAGUGGGGGAUAAACAGUGGAAGAAAAGUAUUCAUACCCUGACCUCAGAACCUGCAGUAGUCCUGCUAUUACGAGGCAUCAACGCCUUCAAGAGGGUCUCCUCCAUUAUCAGCUCAAAGACGCAGCAGACAACAGCCACUGGGGGGCAGCAGCUGUCCCUGGAGAAGCUGAUGUCACCGACACCAGAGAUAGCAUACAGACAGAUGACGCUGUUCUUCAGGGAUUUAGAAUUGUUUCCUGACCCUCACGCUCGUCCUUUGUUACACUUCAUGCCUCCUGUUAGACAAUCCGAUGAAAGCCAAACACGAAGAAGACGGCAACUCAAGCCAGACUGGGCGGCCAACUUCAUAGAAGAGUCGGUGUUCCGCACCAUGCUGGCUGGACCUCGACUCUUGACCAGUGUCCUCAUCUUCAAGCCCGAUGCCGUGAGGAAACACCUGAGUAAAGUGUUCAGGAAGGUGACCCAUGAGAGGUUCACUGUGGUGGGGCUGAAGAUGAAGGUGUUGAUCACAGAGGAGGCCUGGGGGAUGGUGCCUCAGUAUGAAGAUAAUGAUAUAGUUCGCCAGAUGCAUGUUGAUCACAUGACCUCAGGCCCCUCCUUUAUUCUGUGUGUUCAACGAGAAAACGCUGUUAAGAAACUCUUGGAUGUGAUUGGUGCAGAAGACCCCCAGCAGGCACGGCGGCAGAGCAUCUUUAAUUGGAGAGGGACAUUUGGGGUUGACCCUGUUUGUAAUGGUAUAUACGCCUCAGCAGACUAUCAACAUGCCAUGCACGAUGUGAAGCAGUUCUUCCCAGAGGGUUUGUGUUGUUCUGAGACUCCAGAUCUUAAAGCAGAUGAGGUUAGCUGCCCAGGGGUCAAUGUGGGUGUUGGCAUCAAACUAGACAAGACCAGAGAGGUCACCUUCAGGGAUCCAAAUUCUGCUGUAGGAGAAUUGUAUGAGGUAGAAGACGCUGGGAGCAAGAAAAACACAGGCACUACCCCAGCAGUCCAGGUCAGCCAUAUCACCAUGUUAACCCAGACCAACUGUGUGGUCCUGACCCCAGCUGUGAUGAAGACAGAGAAGAGGAGCAGUGUGCCAGCCUAUGUGUACAUUGUGGAGGAGAUGUUAAAACACGGGUUUGAGGUGUGUGGGGCACAGUUGAUAUGGUUCACACAAGACCAGGCCCAGCAAUAUCUCCAUCUCUGUGACGCUGGCAGUUAUAAACUGGUUCCUAUGUUGACGUCAGGUCCUAGUCUGGUAUUAGCUGUGCAGAGAGACAAUGCUGUGAUGGCUUUUGAUGUGUUAUUGGGAGGUCCAUAUACCUCAGAGUCCAUAUACAAGAAGUAUGGAGAAUUUAUUAUGAGACCCAAGGACACUAGUCAGGUUUCCAAACACCUUGCCUUCUUCUUUGACCAUCUCAUGCCAGGGUGCCAUGCCAUCAUCAGAGAGGUUUGAUUUUACAGAGAGAUUUUUGGAGAAAAUUA